AUGAGUUUUUUCGGCUCCUUAUCGAACUUCAUUUCAUCAAUGGCCUCUCCUGACAGCAACACUGUCACACAGUUUUUCGAAAAUAAGUUGUCGUCCGUGUCGUUGCUACACCAGCAGCAACCACACCACCAACAACCGCACCAACAGCAGCUUCAGAAGCAGCAAACGCAACAACAACAACAACUGCAACAAGAAUUAUCUACUUUAUAUCGACAACAUCGAUGUCAUCAUACUCCUGAUCAAGAAACAUACUCAACGGAGCAACAACAAACUGAACAACAACACACACAGCCUCAACAACAACAUCAGCAACAAACACAGCAUCAACAACAACAGCAGCAACAUCUGCAACAACAACAGCAACAACAUCAGCAGCAACAACAUCAAGAACUGCAAAUUGAAUCUCCUACUCAACAACAGCAAUCACAACAAACAAACCAACAACAAAAACAUUUACAUCAACAAAAGCAACAACAGCAGCAACAACAACAACAACAACAAUCUCCGUCUUCAUUUUUAUCGUCGGCAUUUUUGUCUGGCAAAACCGAAAUCGCGAAAACGUUCUUAAACAAAAUAACAUCCCUGCAACCACAACAACAACAACCACAACAACAACCACAACAACAAACACCACAACAACAGCAGCAACGACAACAACAACAAUCACAUCAACAACAACAACAAAACUUCAUAACGCAAAUAAGCAAUACCAGCCAAUGCAAUACAUCAAGAGAUUUUGCGACAGAUAAACAAGACGAUAAUCAUAACGACAACAACAACAAUAAUAAUAAUAACAACGACGACAAUAAUAAAAACAAUAACAACUUUGUUGUUGAUGUUGAUAAUGAUGAUGACGACGAUGAUGUUUCGAAUGAAAUCAACAAUAAUAUAGAUGAUGAUAAUGCGAAAAGUAAAGAAGCUGGUGAUGAUGAUGAUGGUGAUGAUGAUUCUUCUCCGACAUCAUCAUCAUCACCGCCAACUUCACUGCCACCAUCAUCAUCAUCUUCACCACCGCUAUCCCCAAUCUUCAUCACAUCGCCUAUUGCUGACAUGAUAAAAAAUGAAAUUGAUAAUAAUGAUGAUGAUGAUAAUAAUAAUAAUAACAACAACAAUUCUAUUGAUAACAAUGUUGUUGUUGGUGAUGAUGAUGACAAUGAUGGAAAGCAUGACAAUGUUGAGAAUGAAAGAGAAAGCGUUGAAGAAACAACGAGUCUGCCUAAUAUGUUGAGAUUAGACGAAUGGUUUUUAUCACAACAACAUUUGCAGCAGCAGCAGCAACAACAACAUCAACAACAACAACAUCAACAACAACAACAACAUCAACAACAUCCAACAUUAUUGAAUGAAAAAUAUCCAACUCCAAAUUUUGAUUACAUUAACACAGACGCUAACAUAGAGCAGACGGACGCAACUACAACGUCACAAAACAACAACGACAAUGAAAUGAUCAGUGAUGACGGAAAUAACAUCAACAACAACAUCAGUGACGGUGAAAACAUCUACAACAAUAACAACAACAACAAUGACGUCAACAAAAACAAUGGUAACGUCAACAAUGCCUUACCUAAUUUGAGUUACCUGAGCGAAGAUGAGAGAAAACACAUUGAAGAAGUUAUGAUGAGAGUCUUGAUGGUGGAAGAUCCAACGCCUAAGCAGCAGCAGCAACAACAAAAACAGCAGCAACUACAGCAGCUACAGCAGCAACUACAACAACCACUACUACAACAGCAACAACAACCGCAAAACAGACUGGAGACGAAAUACGAAGGAGAAACAACGCUAACAACAAACAAACCUGUAUCGAUCCAGGCUUCCAAUACACUAGAAACAAGAACCGAUGAUGACAAUGAGGAUGAAAAUAAUAAAAAUAACAACAACAAUAAUAUUAUUAAUUAUAAUAAUUAUAAUUAUAAUAAUUAUGGCGUAAUUAGAAACGUUAAGGAUAGCACUGAUGAUUUCAGUAAAACCGACCAAAGUAGAAUGUCCAUGUCCAGCAUGCUUACAAACACGCUGGCUAAAAAGUUUACCAGUCUAUCUAAUGCAUUCAAUUUAUCUGAUAUCUCUUUUAAUGAUAUUCAUAUUAUAACUAGUAAUUUUGCUACUAUUACUACCACUACUACUACUACUACUGCUGCCUUUGCAGCUACUGCCGCCACUGCUACUACUUCUUCUAUUACUACUACAGCAGUUUCUCAGGUUUUCAAUGCUAAAUGUAUGGAAUCGAUUGAUGGUCUAUUUACCGCUGUAACUUCUAGUAACAAUUUUAAUUACAGCAGUAAUAAUGUUACUAAACAUACGGAUGAUAUCAUUGAUACAGUUAAUGUAUCAGAUACUACUAAUAUUGAUACUAUGAAUGCUUUAUUUACUACCGAUAUUAACUCUACUACGACUACUACUUCCACUACUACUACUGAGGUUACUACUAUUACGACAGCAGCUGCUCUUACUACUACAACGACUGCUGCUGCUAUGGCUACUGGUACAAUAACGUCAGCUGCAGAGAAUAACCUGAAUAGCACAGAUGAAAGCAACAACGGCAUUAACUACAAUGAUAAUGACAUUGAUAACAACAAUGGUGAUAACAAUAAAAAUGAUAAUAGUAAUGGUAGUAGUAGUAGUAGUAGUAGCGGCAGUGUUAGUAGUAGUCGUAGUAGUAGUAGUAGUACCAAAGGUCCAGACACUCCGACGUCGGAUAGGGAAGAUGUGUACAAAUUAAACGAAGACGAUUAUUACACGCUACAUAAAUUUAAAAUACACGGGGAUUUCCGAGAUUCCGCAGACGUCAGCGUUGACGUCAUCGUCGGUGGUGGUAAUGAUCCUGGCGGUAAUGAUGAUGAUGAUGAUCGCGAUGGCGGUGGCAAUAGUAGUGUUGGUGGCUGUAAGAACAACUGGAUGAUCAGAGAUGAUGAUGGCGAUGGUGAUGAUGACCUAAGAUUUGAUCUGAGUGAAAGUAAAAGGAUUAGUAAUGGUGAUCUCAAUUAUCAUAACGAUGAUGAUGAUGAUGAUGAUAACAUCAAUAACAACAACAAUAAUAAUAACAACAACAAUAAUAAUAAUAAUAAUAAUUAUAUUAAUAAUGAUAAUAACGAUGAUGACGGUUAUAAUACUAACAAUGAUAUUAUUUACGACGAAAGAAGCCCUAUUGCAGCUACUACUAUUACUACUGCAGCUACUACCCCUACUACUACUACUGCUGCCACUACUACUACUACUGUUACUCAAGCUGCUACUAUUACUACUACUUUUACUGCAGAAGUUAAUAAUGACGAUUCUAGAAGUGACGCUAAUAAAUAUGGAGUCAGUAUUAUGAAGAAUAUUAAAAAAUUUGACUUUGGCAUUUUUGCUCUCUUGCCUACUACUACCGCUGCUUCUGCCGCUACUACUACUGCAGCUACCACGACAGCUACUACUACUUUUACUACUACUACUACUACUACAAAUAAUAACCUUAAUGAUAACAAUUUAUUUGGAAAAGUUUUUAAAAGCGUGAAGUCGAGCGUAGGUGCCGCAACAAGCGUUAUCUACAGUAAAUUGGAUGUCAGUCAUCCAAUGUAUAAUGACAACGAUAAUAAUUAUAAUAAUAAUAAUAAUAACAAUAACAACAACAACGGGGAUAUUAGAAAUAAUGAUGAUAUUUAUGAUAAUAACGCAUUUAACCAUAAUAACCUAACCGCCGGUACUACUAAUGCUACUGCUGCUAUUACUACUACUACUAUAAUUACUACUACUACUACUUCUACUACAACUACUUCUACUACAGCUACUACUUCUGCUAGUAAAACUUUGUUUGAUAAUACAUAUGCUAGAACUGCUAAAAACACAUCAGAUGGUAUGAAGAUCUGUGACGACGACGAUGAUGAUGGUGAUGAUGAUGAUGGAAAUUUUGAUGAUGAUAGUAGUUGCAGUAGUUAUGGCGCGAACGCGAAAGAUGGAAUUAUAGAGGAAAAUGUUGGAGUUCUGCCAGAAAUCACGUGGUAUCAGCAGUUUCAGCAAGAACAUUUAGACGAAGAAAUACAACAAAAACAACAACCACGACCACAAGAUGAAUGCUGCGCGUGUUGCGGUCUAACUCAGCCGACUAAUAUCCGACUAAAUUCGAAUAAUCCCGAAACCGACUAUUCGCCAGGAACAUCUCUGUUAUCGGAGCAUCCCUACUUUUAUGCAUGUCCAAAUCACGAAUUACUACAAUCCAUUUCCUUGUUAACCUGCCGGCUCUGCCUAGAUGAACUGAAAGACGACGACGACGACGACGACGAUGAUGAUGAUGAAGAUUCGGAUACAGAAAGCGAGUCAAAGUCCAGCGAUAGCGUAGCUAUAACAGCUGUUAAACCAGCUACAACAGCUGCUGCAGCAGUAGCUGCUGUAAGCAACUCUGCUACUGACGACGUUUCAUACCUCGAAAAACAUCAAAAGCAGUUUAUCUCUCAAAUACCGAUGCAACAAGCCAACGAUAUACCAAAUUACGAUCAUCAAUCCGGUAUAAAUACCGGUUCCGGAUUUGACGAUACUCAACCGGAUAUCGAUAACAUCGCUUAUGUGUAUUCGAAUGAUAAUAAUGAUGAAAUGAUAAGAAUGAUAAUGAGGGGUGAUAUAGAUUUGGAAGAAUCAUACAAUUCACAAAUGAUUCAAAGCAACAUAUUUGACGACGACGAUGAUGAUGGCGAUGAUAAUGACGACAUAGUUAAUCGCGAUGAUAAAGCUUAUAAUAAUAAUAAUAAUAAUAAUAAUAAUAAUAAUAAUAAUAACGAUGAUAAUAACGAUGAUGAUGGUGAUGAUGACAGAGAUACGCUGAUCAAUCGAAUCCUCACUAGUAUUCCUCCGCCAACUUCAACUCCACCUAUGUCGCCAUUGCAGCCGCCAUUUUCGCCACCACCAUCAUUAUCAUCGCAACUUCCACCACCACCACCAUUAUCAUCAGUACUUCCUCUAUCAUCCUCACCAUCAUCAUUAUCAUCACAGCCACCACCUACUUCAUCAUCAUCAUCAUCAUCACAACCAUUUCCGGCACAAUCAUCAUCAUCACAACCGCCAUUUCUCUCAUCAUCAUCACAACCAUUUCCGGUAAAACUAUCUUCAUCAUCAUCAUUGUCGUCGUCAUUAUUACUUCCUGAAGAGUUAGACGAAUUACUAGAUUUAGUAACGGCUAGAAUACUUGCUGAAGUAAUUGAUGAGUUGUACGAGCUGCACGAUAGCACUAAUCAAUGUAACAGUAGCAACAUCAGGGAACUUCUCGAUGAAAAACAAAAUGGCAUUUAUAAUGAUGACGCUAGUUUCAUUGUUGAUGUCAUCAGUGAUGACAUCAACAGCAUGAAUACAAAUGACGUCAUCAGAGAUGACAGCAUCAAUUAUGACAUUAAUUAUAUCAACAACGACAACAACACAAAUGACAUCAACAACGACAUCACAGAUAAGAACAUUGGACCAGAUAUGAAUAGAGGCGAUAUUAAUAUCGGAAAAUCAAACAUUGGAAAUUAUUCCACAAGCAAUGAUGACGACGACGAGAAAGAAGCUGCUGCAGUUGCUGCUACUGCUGUUGCUGCUACUGCUGCUGCGGAUGAUGAUGAUGAGAACGAUGAUGGUGGUGAUGAUGACGAUGAUACGAGUCGAGCAUCAUCAUCAUCAUCAUCACCAUCGGAAUACGGCAAAGAUGUUGAUGUGGAUGAAGAUGUUGAUGAAGAUGAUAUCGACAAAAUAUUUUCUACCAUAGAUACUGAGAAAAACAAAAAUACAUCUACUAAGAAACUGGUCCACAAUAUGGACGAUGAUUGGAGAAGAUACAGUAUCCAUGACGAUAACAGGAAGUUGGAAUCGCCGCCAUCUUGGUGUGAUUGGUCCACUUUUGAUCGCGUUACUCCUGACGACGAAGAACGAGGUCAAGUUGAUGACGUCAUAAGUGAUGUUGGGGGUGAUAACGAAUCGGUGAUACCGACAAUGGCGGAGUCGAAUAUAACGGCGUAUCGAUACCGGUUAGAAUCGCAAUUCGUUCAAGUAUCACAGCAUCAAUUCGCAACAACAACAACAACAACAUUACCAGUUGUAUCAGGAGAACGCACUGAAGUGUUUAAAAUAGCGCAGAACCAAUUAGGAAAUGAAGCAUCGUCUCCAGGUGUCACUGUAACUUCUAUUUCACAGCAAACAUCAGCAAAUGCUACUUUGCUAGCGUUAACGAGUAAAAACUUCACGUUGCAAUCAACACUGACAACAACGACGACAACAACAGCAACACCUACAACAACAACAACAACAGAUGAAACAACAACAACUACAGAAAAAAUUGAAUCUACUCAUUUGAAGCACAGACAUUCAGACAGCGCAUGUUCUCUGGACGAAGAAGAGUACCUCGACAACGACGACAAUACCGACAACGACCAAGACAUCGUAUCUGAUCGAGAAACCCGAAUACAAUAUUGCCCAUCUAUCGAGUCCGAAUAUGACUUUGACGAUACCGAUUUUGAGCAGAAAGUUACUGUAAUCCAUUACAACAGAUCUGAUUCGGCGCCGUGCAAGUCCCCAGUCAAACACACCUCCAUACACGAUGCCAAUUACAAUCGAUCUCAAUCGGUACCGAAACCGUUAGUUUCAAGUCGGUUAUCUUCAUCCAUCCUUACGGAUUCAACGAGCUCUUCAAAUUCGUAUUUUAAUUUCGAUAGCGCUGACGGUGGUGUCUGCAAUACAAAGCCCUUACUAGCAAGAACUGAAGAAUUAAAUGAAGAUGAAAGCGAAUUUUAUAGAGAUAAUUUAGCUGUUACUGAUUCUGCUGUUAGUACUGUUGCUACUGCUACAACAACUACAACUACUACGACUGCAACUACUGCGACUGCAACUACAACAACUACAACUACUACGACUGCAACUACUUCUAGUACAGAUAUCGCUAGUACUACUACGAUCGUUACUACCCUAAAACAUGGUUUUGUAGUCGGCGAUGGUAAUAAAAACCCGAACGAAUUCGAUGUGGUUAUGUUUGACGCUAAGGAUUCACCAAUAGGUUUCUUCUUCUUUUUAAUUGUAUUCAUAACGUUUUACAUGAUUUAA